GACGAGGCGAGCGGCCCUAGCUAGCAGCCGCGGACAGAGUCGGCGCCCGCCGCGGUGGCGCGGGGAGCCCGAGCCCAGGGGCGCCGAGCCGAGCUGGGACCGAGGGGCGGUGGCAGAGGGACAGCGGAGGAGGGCGGGCGGGCGCGCGCAGGAGGGCGAAAGCGCGCGAGUAGGGGCGCACCGCGGUCAGAGCCGAACGCGAGGGCGGCGCCCGGGGAUUCUAGCCGCCAAGAGGAGCAGGGCAGCUGGCCCGGAGCUCUGAGCCCUGGCGAAUGCCAUGGCCCCACACUGGGCUGUCUGGCUGCUGGCAGUGGGGCUGUGGGGCCUGGGCAUUGGGGCUGAGGUGUGGUGGAACCUGGUGCCCCGGAAGACGGUAUCUUCUGGGGAGCUGGCCACGGUGGUGCGGCGCUUCUCCCAAACGGGCAUCCAGGAUUUCCUGACCCUGACUCUGACCGAGCAGACUGGCCUCCUAUACGUGGGGGCCCGGGAGGCCCUGUUUGCUUUCAGCAUAGAUGCUCUGGAGCUGCAAGGAGUGAUCUCGUGGGAGGCGCCAGCUGAGAAGAAGGCCGAGUGUAUCCAGAAAGGAAAGAGUAACCAGACCGAGUGUUUCAACUUCAUCCGCUUCCUGCAGCCAUACAACACGUCCCACCUGUACGUGUGUGGGACCUACGCCUUCCAGCCCAAGUGCACCUACAUCGAUAUGCUCACCUUCACGUUGGGGCGUGGAGAAUUUGAGGAUGGCAAGGGGAAGUGUCCGUAUGACCCAGCGAAGGGCCACACUGGCCUCCUUGUGGAUGGCGAGUUGUAUUCAGCCACGCUCAACAACUUCCUGGGCACGGAGCCUGUUAUCCUGCGUAACAUGGGACCCCACCACUCCAUGAAGACUGAGUAUCUGGCCUUCUGGCUUAAUGAACCUCACUUUGUAGGCUCUGCCUACGUUCCGGAGAGCGUGGGGAGCUUCACUGGGGACGAUGACAAAGUCUACUUCUUCUUCAGUGAGCGAGCGGUGGAGUACGACUGCUACGCAGAGCAGGUGGUGGCUCGCGUGGCCCGCAUCUGCAAGGGAGACAUGGGGGGCGCGCGGACUCUGCAGAGGAAGUGGACCACGUUCCUGAAGGCUCGGCUGGUGUGCUCGGCCCCCAACUGGCAGCUCUACUUCAACCAGCUGCAAGCACUGCACACUCUGCAGGACGCCUCCUGGCACAACACCACCUUCUUUGGGGUUUUUCGGGCACGAUGGGGCGAUGUGGACCUGUCAGCAGUCUGUGAGUACCAGCUGGAAGACAUCCAGAAGGUGUUCGAGGGGCCCUACAAGGAGUACCGUGAACAAGCCCAGAAGUGGGGCCGAUACACUGACCCAGUCCCCAGCCCGCGGCCCGGCUCAUGCAUCAACAACUGGCACCGCCACCAUGGCUACACCAGUUCUCUGGAGCUGCCCGACAACACCCUCAACUUUAUCAAGAAGCACCCGCUGAUGGAGGAGCAGGUGGGGCCUCGGUGGGCCCGGCCCCUGCUCGUGAAGAAGGACACCAACUUCACCCACCUGGUGGCCGACCGGGUGACGGGGCUUGAUGGCGCCACCUAUACAGUGCUGUUCAUUGGCACAGGCGAUGGCUGGCUGCUCAAGGCCGUGAGUCUGGGGCCCUGGGUCCACCUGAUUGAGGAGCUGCAGGUGUUUGACCAGGAGCCUGUGGAAAGCCUGGUCCUGUCCCGGAGCAAGAAGCUGCUCUUUGCCGGCUCCCGCUCUCAGCUGGUGCAGCUGCCCCCGGCUGACUGCAUGAAGUACCGCUCCUGUGCAGACUGUGUCCUUUCUCGGGACCCUUACUGUGCCUGGAGUGUCAACACCAGCCGCUGUGUGGCUGUGGGUAGCCACCCCGGAUCUCUGCUGAUCCAGCAAGUGGCGGUCUCAGACUCCUCGGGCAUUUGUAACCUCCGCGGCAGUAAGAAAGUCAGGCUCACGCCCAAAAACAUCACGGUGGUGGCGGGCACAGAUCUGGUGCUGCCCUGCCGCCUUUCUUCCAACCUGGCCCACGCCCGCUGGACUUUCGGGGGCCGGGACCUGCCCGCAGAACAACCUGGCUCUUUCCUCUACGACGCCCGACUGCAGGCCCUGGUCGUGAUGGCUGCCCAGCCCCGCCACGCGGGGGCCUACCACUGCUUUUCCGAGGAGCAGGGGGCACGGCUGGCUGCCGAAGGCUACCUGGUGGCUGUGGUGGCUGGCCCAUCGGUGACCCUGGAGGCCCGGGCACCCCUGGAGAACCUGGGGCUGGUGUGGCUGGCCGUCGUGGCUCUUGGAGCCGUGUGUCUGGUGCUGCUGCUGCUGGUUUUGUCACUGCGCCGGCGGCUGCGGGAGGAGCUGGAGAAAGGUGCCAAGGCGGCCGAGAGGACCCUGGUAUACCCCCUGGAGUUGCCCAAGGAACCCACCAGCCCCCCGUUCCGGCCUGGCCCCGAGACAGAUGAGAAACUCUGGGAUCCUGUUGGCUACUACUAUUCAGACGGCUCCCUCAAGAUUGUGCCUGGACACGCCCGGUGCCAGCCCGGAGGUGGGCCCCCUUCUUCACCUCCUGGCAUCCCUGGUCAGCCCCUGCCUUCUCCGACUCGACUUCACCUGGGGGGUGGGAGGAACUCAAAUGCCAACGGUUAUGUGCGCUUACAACUGGGAGGGGAGGACCGGGCAGGGCUGGGGCACCCGCUGCCGGAGCUCGCUGACGAACUGAGGCGCAAACUGCAGCAGCGCCAGCCACUGCCGGACUCCAACCCCGAGGAGUCGUCAGUAUGAGGGGAGCCCCCGCGGCAGCAGCGUGGGACGUGCAGCCCCUACUUUUGCACAGGCACCAGCUACCUCAGGGACAUGGCGCGGGCAUCUGCUCUGCCUGGGACACGUCCUGCCCAGCACCCGUCCGGCCAUGAGGACCUGCUCUGCUCAGCACGGGCACUGCCACUCGGUGUGGCUCCCCAGGACGCCAGCCUCACAGAAGGCCUCUUCCUCCUCUCUGUGUGGGGCUGUGAAUCAUGGACACAUGGGACCCCAGCAGCCAAAACCUAACAAGGCAGAAGUUAGGGGUGUAGGUGUGUGUGUGUGUGUGUGUGUGUGUGUGUGUGAGAGAGAGAGAGAGAGAGAGACAUAGUCUUCCUGUUUCUGUCAAGUCUUCCUUGGCCUGGGGUCUUCCUGGUGAGUCAUUGGAGCUAUGAAGGGGAAGGGGUUGUAUCACUUUGCCUCUCCUGCCCCCAUCUGUCCCUGGAGGGCAGUGAUGUACAUAUGGGGGUGGGCUGGGCAGCGUGUGUGCCCCUUUGGGGGAGUGCAGGGCCCUGGGGUGGGCCUGGUCCUGCUCCCAGGGCUGUGAAUGUUUUCAGGGUGGGGGGAGGGAGAUGGAGUCUCCUGUGUGUUUUGGGGGAAGGGUGGGAGGGGCUUCCCACUUGGCCCUGGGGUUCAGUGGUAUUUUAUACUUGUCCUCCUUUACAGGGCUGGGAAAGGUUGUGUGAGGGGAGGGGAGGGGAGGGGACUGGGCGGGCUUGCUGUGGAUAAAAGCAUGGCCUCUCCCAGCCCCAGGAGGAGGGCUCCUAACAGUGUAACUUAUUGUGUCCCCGCGUAUUUAUUUGUUGUAAAUAUUUGAUUAUUUUUAUAUUGUCAAAUAAAAUGAAAGAAAAUGAAAC